AUGAACGGGGGAGAAGGGGGGAAUCGACCCUUGAGGGUUAUCGAUGCCUUGAGCUAUCUCGAUAGGGUGAAAAAUCAGUUUGAUGAUCGGCAAGUUAUUUAUAAUGAGUUCUUGGAAAUUAUGAAGGAGUUCAAGUCUCAGAGCACUGACACGCCAGGAGUGAUCCGACGAGUGCGCGAGUUGUUCAGGGGAUACCCAGAGUUGAUCAUCGGCUUCAACACUUUUCUGCCCGAGGGAUACGAAAUCAGACAAGAAGACAUCAUGGGACUCGAAGAAGAUCAUCCUGGAAAGGGCCCGAGACAAUCUUCCACUUCUACGUCGGCCAGUAAUCCUGCAAAGUCACCCAACCCUGGACAGAUGUCUGGAUCAGUUAUUACUCCCGUUUCGGAAAGCUCCUCGAUCGCUGAGAAAGCUUCUACACCGACUCCAGUUGCAUCAUCUUUAUCAAGUCGAUCAGUACCGUCAGCCAUGCCAGCAACAACCCCAGCAACACCAAUGCCGGAAAAGAAAGUGCCAACUCCAUCUGUUUCUAAACCCUCCUCGUCCAGUUCGCCAGCCAGUUCCGGCCCAAGCCAGCCCGAAUCAAACAGCCAAUUCGAUGAAGCAAUCAAUCUCAUCCAGAAAAUCCGCACGAGAUAUUUGAACAACAAUGGUGUCUUUCGCGAAUUUCUAACAAUUCUAAACGAGUACAAGCGCGUUCAGCCCAAGACACAAGAGAUGACGGCAGAUGUCUACUCUAAAAUGGCUCAUUUGCUGCGAAACGAUCUUGACUUGUUGGAAGAAUUCACGAACUUCCUCCCAGAAAUGAAGGAAGAGCAGCAGCGGCUAGCGCAAAUUGAGCAGCAACGAAAACUUGCUGGAAACCAGACAGAAAUCAAGCCAGAAGCAAAGGAGCCGAAGAAAGAGCCAAAAGCAGAACCGGAAGAUCAAUUAGCCAAACCAGCAACUUCGACUACUCAAGUCGAGAAAGCAACACCAAUAGUUCCGUCGAAAAGGAAGAACAACUCUGGUUCAUCUCCAGCUGGAACGAGCUCAAAGAAGCGCUUGCUCUCUGGAAUUACGCUUCACGAAGCCGCUAAAUAUGCAACAGACUCGGAAUUAAUAUUCUUUCAACGAGUUCAAAGCAUGCUCAAAGAAACAGACGCAUAUCACCAGUUUCUCAAGUGCAUCAGUCUUUACAACAACGAAAUAAUCAAUCGCAAUGAGCUGAUUUUACUUGUCGAGCCGAUCAUCGGCAAAUCACCGGAACUGCUCGUCGAGUUCGGAAAAAUCCUCGGCAAAGCAAUCGAUCUCCCGAAAUCGAGCAUGAACCCGUCAGACCAUGGCAACAAGCUUCAAAUCACGCCCAAGUCGAUUCAAAUUGUACCUGCCAAACCUAGCCCGUCGAGUUUACCCCUGGUCAAGUCCCCACCGCCAAACCCAGCCGCAUCUGUUUCAUUGCCCAAGCCCAACCCUGCGCCGACUCCUUAUGAUAUUGAUUACAGUAACGCUAGGCACAUUGGUUCGUCCUACCGAUCCAUGCCCAAAGAGCAUCGUCGGCCGCCUUCAAAAGAUCCUCUUGCAGCCUCUGUUCUCAAUGAUAUCUGGGUCUCUCUUCCAACCUGGUCAGAGGAUCCCCAAUUCAGCUCGACAAAAAAGAACCAGUACGAAGAUGUCAUCAUCCGCUGCGAAGAUGAGCGUUUCGAACUCGACAACGUCAUCGAAGCGAAUUUACACACAAUCAAAAUCUUUGAAGGAGUCCAGAAAAAGAUGCAACGCAUGAAAGACGAGGAACGCGUGAAGUUUAAAUUAGAAGAUACGCUUGGCGGAACUUCUAAUGUAAUUCAGCGUAGAGCGAUACACAGGAUCUACGGCGACAAAGCUGCUGACAUCAUCGACGGGUUGAAGAAGUCCCCAUCGCUAACUGUCCCGGUUGUUCUGAAACGAUUAAAAGCUAAAAACGAAGAGUGGCGCCAAAGUCAAAAACACUUCAAUCGGCUGUGGAAAGACCAACUCGAGAAAAACUACCUGAAGUCCAUGGAUCACCAAGGCAUGAAUUUCCGAGCGACGGAUCAAAAAUUUCUCCGUCCAAAGAAUCUCAUCAACGAAAUCGAAGCAACUUGCGACGAAAUGGCCAUGCAGGGCAAUGAAAACAAGCCGCACUACCAUACGCGUGUCCCGGACAGAAGAGUGAUCAAGGAUGCUACUUCUUUGAUCAUGCACGCGAUUAGGAAACAUAAUUUAACGAAGCCGGAGAAGGAGCAAGUCAAAGAAAUUAUCAGUAGAUGGCUUCCUUCUUUCCUCAGACCCGAUGAUCCCAAAAAGUUCAACCUCAUGUAUUGCGGCAACACGCACUUCCUCCUCCUCCGCCUUCACGCCAUCCUAUGCCAGCGACUAGAAAUCAUCCGUGACAAAGCAGCAGCGUUGUUGAAAGAAUGGAAGCUCUCGAAUUCGAUGGACAAGGAAACUGCAAAUAUUGGUUGCGUACCAACACUCGGAGUCGAAGUAGAUGAGUAUUACAAAGCCUUCCUUGAGCUUGUCAAGUGCUUUUACGAUGGAAACGUUGAUCAUUCCGUUUAUGAAGAUACCCUUAGAGAAAUGUUCACUACUUCAGCUUAUCACGCUUUCACUCUGGACAAGCUGAUUCUCCAGAUUUCCAAGUUCAGCAUAGAAAUCACUCAAAAAGAAUCCGCUCUAAACAUCCAUCAAUACCACCGCGAAGAGAACAACAGCCCCGGGCACAUCGUCCGACACAUGUCAACUAUCCACGACAUUCCAGUCGAAGAGCAUGUCUACCGAAAACGCGUUGAAAACGAGCUCGAAGAAGAGUUCCUCUUCCGCGUUACAACGUAUAUGGUGGAGGAUGUCAACAAGAUUUCAAUUCAGCUGAUGAAUAUUGAAGAUGAGGAUACCGAAACUGUUCAGACUGAUGAAGCCAGUGAGAAGGAAGAUUUGGGAAAGUACGGCCAGUACCUGCCGGAUUCGCUUGUUUCUCUCGAGCAAAAGACGAAAAAAGGGAUGGCGAAGCAACGUUUUCUUCGUCGAAAUGUGACCGCAGUUAUGAAAACUGAGCCGAAUCGACAUGAGCAAGUUCGGACGACUCCUGGAACUCUUUCUGUCCAAGCUGCGGUGAAAAAAGGCUUGAACAACAAGAAGAUCCGCUACAUCAAAGGCUCGCACAGCUCUGAGCUCAUCCCUGGAAAGAUUCAUCGAGCAAGAGUCGCUUACCGUAAAGCAAACGGUUAUGCGGCCAAAAAACAUUCAAGAUUUCACGAAUUCGUCGAAAAAUGGCUUCAGAAGAAUCCUGCACCAAAAGAUGAAGUCUACGGCGAGAAACUCCUUCGAUUCGGUACAGCAGAAGUCGAGUGCUUUCCACAUAAGACAAUGAAGAACAUAGCUACGGAUCUUUGUGUGAAUAAAUCUUUCGUUACUUCUUAUGGGUCGAUUGGAAAAUGCUCUUCCUGUGGGUAUGCGGUAAAGAAAACUGCGAAUAUAAAUGGCGAGCGAUACUGUGGAUCUUGCGCUUUAGAGAAAUUUCCAGAAAAUAAAUCAGCAAAAUUUGAAGAGACAGAUGCGAAAUUCAAAUGCUACGCUGGUGUCAAUGGCAAAAGUUGCGGGGCCGAUCAACUCAGUUACAGAGAGUUCUAUAUUGGAACAUGCUGCAAAGAUGCUGCUCAUACAGGCGGAUCUCUAUAUAAAUACGAGCGUGCUGAAAUCGUCAACGAAAUUUAUAAGGACGUAAGAGAAGAAGAAGGAAUUGCGGAAAAGAAAGCCGAAGAUGCAAAGAAAAAGGUGGCUGAGACCGCAAAAAUGAUUAAAGAAUCCGAAAAAGUGGUGAAUGAGGCAUUGAAAAACGUCGAAAAGGCUAAUGCAGCUUUCAUAGACGCACAAAAAGCAGAAGAGGAAAGCAAUGCAGAACUGGGCAAGAUUAAAACAUUUCGCAGGAAAGUUCAAACACGAUCCUUGUUCCUCACAGAAGACGCAAUGAAUGAAGAUAACACCACUGCCGAACCUCCGGAGCCCAAGAAGUCCAGAAAAGCUCCUGAAGAAGACAACAAGCCCAAAUGUAGGAUCUGCUUCGAGCUUUUCGAUGAAAAUCAUCCGAAAGCUGUUCUUACUUCAUGCGGCCAUACUGCCUGCCUCAACUGCCUCUCUUCUCUUCCACAGAAGACUUGUCCAAGCUGCCGAAAAAAGUUCACAAAACGAAAUAUUCUUCAGGUUUUUGAAGAUAACUGA